CUAUGCAGCUAGCCUUUGUUUAAUUGUUCCAAAUAAUUUGACACUCGACCCUGCAGUUUGCACACAACGUCUAGUACUUUCCCAUCAGAUUAUCGAGCUCUUCCAUCUAUUUCGGUUUUAAAACUUAAAUCUCUUUUCGUUCAUCAUAGGAUCCCUCCAUCAUGUCCAUAAUCAACAUUUAUCACCAUAAUGAAAACAUCUACAACGUGGAAAAGAAACCGCCGGAACGUCCACCAAAACCUCCGCUAUAUCACUCGCGCUUCGAACACCAGGUCCGCCGUGAGACCAAAUCCAGCAAAGAUGCCCAUCGGACCAUGGGCUUCGCCAAAAUUCCCCUGCAAAAACCGGACGAAUUUCUCAAAAAGAACUGCGGUAUCCGUUUUCGAGCUACGAAAUCGGCCCCGGUGCGGCUGUGUGUCACUCACAAACCGCCUGUCCCCAAGAAAGAAGAACUGGCCGCUUCGCAACAGCAGGUGAUGAAGUGCGUCGAUUUCAAGGUCGAAAACAUCAAGAAAGUGGUUUGCUCAAAUCCGAAGAAGGUUCGACCACGCUAUGCGGACACACGGAAGGGAGAUUUCCACGAUCUGGAAAAAUCGGGCCUGGUACCGGUUUACAUGUGUCAACCGAAGUACGGCAAGGUCCCGGAAUAUCUCCACCGCCGCAAGAAGGAUCUGGAAGCGCAGAAGCAACGUCUGAUGGACAAGAUGGCCGAACAGAAAUCCGCCUGUGCGGCGAUUUCUCAGGAAGAGCGAUUGGAACUGUUGAAGGGAUUGAAGAAAAACUGGGAAAAUCUGCAGCGGGAGUACCAAAGUCUUCCAUUGUUGAUUGACACUGUGCCGAAAAUGAUCCGCAAAGCCAAACUGGAGAAGGGCCUGAAAGAGCUGGAGAAGGAUAUUUUGAUGAUGGAGAAUAAUCCUUACAUCUACGUGUACAGCGACAAUGAGGAAGAGCAACAACAGCCGAAGCAAAAGUGAUAAGACAUAGUGUGUUCCAGGAUGUGGUGUUCUCUAUUUUGUAGCUUUUUUACUAACUUAACAUUUAGCGUGUGACCCUGAGUGCUUUCGACUUUUAGCAGUAGUAUGUGAAUUGUGCAAUAAACUCAAAAAAUCUUCCGUACAGUAGAA